GGAAGCGGAAGCGCAGUUGUUUUAAAAAGUUCGAUGAAAGUUUGGUAAAUCUGACGAAGUUGCUGCUGCAUGAUCUCAAAAGCGAUUACACUGACUGCGUUAUUAUGGUGAGGUGGCCUGUACUGUAGGGUCCUGGGAGCAGUGGGGAUGGAGGACUGCCCGUCAGGCACCCCUGCGCACUCCUGGAGGGCCGCCAGCGCGAGGAGGAAGGCCUGGGCGUUGAGCCGAGGGUCCUGGCAGGCCUCCGAGUCCCGGGACGGGAGCUCAGAGGGCCAGACGUCUCCGCGGCGCAUGGAGGAGAAGGCAGCUCUCAGCGAGGAGCCAGGUCGGAUUCCGAACAAGAUCACAAGCUGGUUGAAAGAAUGCAGGAGUCCGCUAGGGGCCUCUCUGGAUGAGCAGAGCAGCACAGUGCCCAAGGGGGUGGUAAAGAAUGGGUGCAGCUUUGAAGACGACUUGUCCCUGGGAGCAGAAGCCAAUCAUCUUCAGUCCAGCAGCGCUGACAAGGAGCAGUCAUGCUGCGGAAUGCUGGCCAAAGACAAGAGGAGCCAGUUCCACCAGAGAGGCCUGAGCAUGAACUCCACGGGCUCGGGGAAGAGCAGCACUGUGUCCAGCGUCUCAGAGCUGCUGGACCUUUACGUGGAGGACCCCGAGGAAAUCCUCUACAACCUGGGCUUCGGCACGGAGGAGCCCCACAUCGCCUCCAAAAUCCCCCCCCGCUUCUUCAGCUCGUCCUCCUCCGCGAAAGGCAUCGACAUCAAGGUUUACCUGCAAGCACAGCUGCAGCGGAUGGAGCUGGAGAGCCCAAACUACGCCCUGACAAGCCGUUUCCGGCAGAUGGAGGUUUUGGCCACAGUGACCAACGCCUUCUCCUCACUCUACUCCCAAGUGUCUGGCCUGCCGGUGCAGAGGAUCGGGAGCUGUGACACAGAGUCCGCCACAGUGACCCCCCUCAAGACGAACAAUUCUGUCCUGAACGCCGCGAAGAUGCUGAAGAAGACCAUCACUAAGCUCAACCUGCACUCCCCUGGGGCGGAAAACCAGAGCCCCGCCCCAGCGGGCUCCGACUCGGAUAAGGGAGGCAGUUCGAGCCCACUCGUGGAGGACUCGGAGUUAGAGAAGCAGCAGAGAGGAGGGUCCAGGAAGAAGGACUCGCCCUCCCUGGCCACGGUGGCCGAGGAGUCCCACGCCGGCCUUCCGGACCCUUCCGUCAGUGGGGACCCGGCUCCGCCCGGAGAGCCGGUUGCCGCGGAGAGCAGCCCUGAGCCGGGCACGGAGCCCGACCCCGCCCUGGACAGAGACAUGAGCGUCUCCAGUGAGGCCGACCUGGAGAGGACCGAGGAGAGGGAGUGUGCCGUCACCUCCACCCCAGACAAAGAGCCCUCUGCCCAGCUGGCCAACCCCCGCAUCGCCCACCUCCUCACUCAAACCCGGGACUCGUUUGAGAUGGAAGAGGUGCAGAGUAACGAAGGUGAGGCUCCUGGUGGUGUCUGUGACCCCGCAAGAGCUGAGCAGCUGCUGAGGACGGCGAGCCAGCACUCCGACAGCAGCGGCUUCGCGGAGGACCCCUCCACAGACGGCUCCGCUAAUUACCUGAAGGUGCAGGAGAGCUCAGACAGCUGUGACAGUGAGACCACAGUGACGUCCACUGCUGGGGACGUCAGCACCCCUCUGGUCCUGGACCACCCCGCGUUUGGGAGGCUGCAGGGGGACGAGGCUGCUCUGAUGCCCACCGUCCUGACCAACACCGAGGCCCACAGAGAUGGUCAGAGGGAGCCGGAGGGCAUGGCACAGGUCCCCGAAGGUACCCCCCACCAGAACCCCAAAGCUGGAGCUGCUGAGAUGGAAAGUGAGCUUGUGUCAACCACAGAACCCUCCUCUACAGCAGAGUCCAGCUCUCCUAAUGAGCCUGAUUCUACAGCGGAGUCCAGCUCUCCCACAGAACCCGCCUCUACAGCAGAGUCCAGCUCUCCCACAGAACCCACCUCUACAGCAGAGUCCAGCUCUCCUAAUGAGCCUGAUUCUACAGCAGAGUUCAGCUCUCCCUCUGAGCCUGGUUCUACAGUAGAUUCCAGCUCUCUGACAGAGCCUGCUCUUACAGCAGAAUCCAACUCCUCCAGAGAGCCCGGUCCUACAGCGGACUCCCAUUUUGCCAUGGAGCCUGGUUCUGCAGUGGAGUCCAGCUCUCCAACAGAACCCGCCUCUACAGUGGAGUCCAGUUCUCACCCUGAGCAUUGUUCUACAGCAGAAUCAAGUUCUCCAACAGAAUCUGCUUCUACCUUGGAGCCCAGCUCUCCCUCGCAGCCCGGUCCUACAGCAGAGUCCGGCUCUCCCUCGGAGCCGGGUGCUGAGGCUGGGUGUGACGUGACGGACAUCGCGGGCGGCUCAGAGCGCGUGCACGAGGCCCUGCUGCGCGCUCAGCGGAAGAGCCCGUCCUCCGAGGAGCAGGAGGAGGUGCUGUGGGUGCAGGCACGGGACCUGCGGAGAGGCGGGGGGUUCUUCCCCCUGCGGAGAUCCCGCUCGCUCCCCUCCUCCCUCCUCAGCCCUGCCCGUGUCGUCUCCUCCGUCCGCAUCCAGGUGCGCCCCGGGAAGGCCAAACGCUGCACCCCAACGUCCGUCUCCUACCGCUACACCCCCGAGGAAGAGGAGGAGGAGGAGGAGGAGGCGAGGGUCAUCGAGGAGGAGCCGGAGGAAGAGGAGCCGUCCUGCUCAUCCACCCUCUUCAUCACCUCCCGCCAGCAGGACAUUCCCCGUGAGAAGGAGGAGGCCCCCAGGAGGGUGCCCCCCUACCCCCUGCCGCCCCACCUGAGCGACUCCACCUGCUCGCUGCACAGCACCCCCCCAGGGUGGGUGGAGCCGCCCCCGAGCGAGAUGUCCCGGCCCUGGAGCUCCUGCAGCAUGCCCAACCUACGGCUCCAAGGCGCACCCCACAGUGCCCCCUACACUGUGCCCCACAGCGCCCCCCACAGCGCCCCCUACAGCGCCCCCUACAGUGCCUCCCUAUCCAGCCCCCACUGCGCUCAGCACCGGAGCGGCAGUCUUUAUGGAAACCCUUACAGCGCCCCCUACAGCCUGGGUUACGGCAGCACCCGCUCCGCCCCCUACAGCGCUGACGCCCCUCACAGCUUCCAGUACAGAGACCCAUACAGCGAUCCGUAUUCCAGGCCCGCGUACCCCCCAUGCCCGUACCCCCCGGCCCCCCUGCCGCCCCCCGUCCGGCCCCCCUCCACCACGGAGAUGCAGCUGAAACGCGUUCUGCAUGACAUCAGGGGGACGGUGCAGAGCCUGACGCAGUGCUCGUCUCUGCAGGGGGACCUGUGUGCCCCCAUGCUGACCCCACGGAGGUCUGCUCUUCCCCUCUACGAGAACACCUUCCAGGAGCUGCAGAUGAUGAGGAAGAGUCUGAACGUCUUCAGGACGCAGAUGAUGGACCUGGAGCUGGCCCUGAUGAGGCAGCAGGACCGGGUCUAUCAGGACCUCACCCUGGAGGAGAGGCAAGACGCUGAGCAGCUGCAGCAGCUGCGCAGUCAGGUGAGGCAGGAGCUGCAGGAGCUGGAGCUGCAGCUGGAGGACCGUCUGCUCUUCCUGGACGAGCAGCUGCGCAGCUCCUCCCAGGCCAGCCUCUAUCGCCACCUCAUGGGCAUCCGCAGAGGCCACAGCAUGGACAGCCUGUACGGCGGCUCUCCUGUGAACAUAGUGGAGCCGGUGUCGGAGCUCCUGAGGGAGCAGCUCAGCCUCCAGGCAGAGCUGGGGUAUGAGGCCAGAGGAAACAGCGCCCCCUGCCUGGGGUCUGCCUCCUCGUCCGGGACCACCAGCCCCGUGAGGCCCAGCCGAAACGCAGGCCUGGCACUUGAGCGCACCUCCCAGCAGAGGGUAGGCGUGUACCGGACCUCCGUCUGCCUCACCCCGACCCCACCACCUCGGGCUCCGGCAGAGAGACCUGACCCACCACCGACAGGAGGGCCAGCAGGGGGGAACCGCACCCUGCAGGAGGGAGCAGGAGGAGGAGGAAGAGGAAGAGGAGGAGCCGAGAGCCCGGGCCUGCAGGAGGAAGCCAGAGGAGGAGCCCAGAGCCUCCACCCACAGGAGGAGAGAGAGAGGCAGCCGGCAGACAACCUUUACCUUCAACAGCUUAUCAAGGAGAUCAAAGAGAGCAUCGCUGAGGAGAUCCGCCAGGAGAUAGUCAACGAGCUCUUGGUUGCCGCGUCGCCACGGAAAUCGCCCACGGUAACCAGAGGGACCACCUCCUGAGCAUGCGGAUGAAGAGGACUCUGAACCACUCUGAACACUGGCAAAGUCUUGCACUGAGAAGAGCCCACUCCCUAUGUAGUGUGUGUGCAGGGAUGCCUUAUGUUAGCAGUCCCAGGAUGUAGCACACUACCCACCUACGGAGUUUCAUGCUGCUUAAACCACACUGCUCCCAGCCCUCCGGUUUCAACACUGACUGUGAGAUUAACGUGCUCUUCAGCUCAGAGAGUUAGGCCUCUGAAGACCGUGACUGUUGCGGUUGUCUACGGUGUGUGUCUGUGGUGUGUGUCCACAGGUUGGCUGUUAGUAAGUGAUGUGGGUUUGAGAGUGUGUCUGCGAGGUCGAAGGUCACCUCGAGUGGGAAGGCUGGGCCUGGUAGAUGGGGAAGGCAUGGAGGUUGUGUGUGUGCCGAAACUGUGCCCUCUGCCAACCCCAGCCUCUGUGAGGAACUAGCUGUGCAAUACAUUUCACCCUUAACUUGAAAUGGCUGUUAACUACUGUUUUCAGGUGUGUCACUUUAAAAGACACGUUUGUUUUUUCAUAGUGUGUCUUUUUGGUCAGAAACUGUAGCACUUAUGAAAAAUGCAGUCUGAAAAAGUCACAUUCCUACAUGUAUUUUCCAGGCACUAAUGUUACUAAAAUGUGAGUGUGUGUGUGUGUGUGUGGGUGGGUGUGUGUUUUAGGAGAGUUGAAUGUAAUCUCGAGAGCUGAUCGGGUUGAGCUGUCCUGGUGUCUUACCCUUUACAUGUGAUGCAUUGUGUUUCUUUAUAGUAGAUACUUUGUGUUGUACGUGUUCAUUUGAAAUGCAUGUAUUUCAAAUGUUAGCACCACAAAGGACUCAUAAACACAUUUAGGGUUAAUGUUCGAGUUGCCCUGCUGUUCACAAACCUAAACAGAAACAUAGGGAUUUUUCCUUAAAGAUGGUAAUUUUAACUACUUUGAAAUGAUUUGUAAUACUAAUUUGUUUUAACUUCUGUCCACAUCUGAAAAUGGAUAGCGUUGGAAAGGGAUUGUUUACCUUGGUCACCUGGGAUGCAUGAGGGAAUAUCUCUAACGUA